GAGCUUCUUGGGCAGAGCUUUUUUAGAAACCCUACGCUCAAAAGUCGGAAUGGAAACUAAAUGGUAGCUGGAUCCCCUGCCUGCCCUUCUGAAAACGAGGCAGGAAGCCGAGGCGCGGGGCUUCCUGCCGGAUACACGAUGCCCGACCGAGACAUGGAUGAAAUGUUGACCACAGGCAAAGAAGUUAAGCAGCAAGUCGUCGUGGAGGAAGGCAGGGCUAGGUUUUCCCCCCGCUUGAAGGGCUCAUUGGAACUAAGCAAAACUGGAGUGUCAGGGGAACAUAUACUCAAGAGAAAAACCACAUGCACUGAUUGUGGGAAGACAUUUUGUCGUCGGUCUGACCUUGUUCGGCACCAGAAGCUCCACACAGGAGACAGACCCUUUACCUGUACCAAGUGUGGGAAAAGUUUUGUUCAGAGCACCCACCUCAUUGCACAUCAAAAAAGCCAUACAAAAGAGAAGCCCUACAUCUGUCCUCACUGUGGGAGAAGCUUCAACCAGAUAUUAAAUUUUAGUAGGCACCAGAGGACCCAUUCAACGGAGCCACCGUUCACAUGCAGUGACUGUGGGAAGACUUUCAGCCGCAGCUCCAAUCUUAUAAUGCACCAAAGGACACACACGGGAGAACGAAUCCACACAGGUGAGAAGCCCUAUAAAUGUCAGGAUUGCUGGAAAAGCUUUGGCAGGCGUUCAACUCUUAUUAUGCAUCAGAGAAUUCACACGGGGGAGAAGCCUUAUAAAUGCCCUGACUGUCCCGAAAGCUUCAGUGUUAAAUCAGGCCUUUUAAGUCAUCAGAGAAUCCACAUGACUGAAAAACCCUAUCAGUGCCUAGAGUGUGGCAAAAACUUCUGUCGGAGUGCAGAUCUCAUUAUUCACCAGAGAAUUCAUACAGGAGAAAAACCAUAUAAAUGCAGUGACUGUGGGAAGAAAUUCAAUACAAAUUCACACUUGGUUACACAUCAGAGGAUCCACACAGGAGAAAAACCUUACAAGUGCCCUGAGUGUGGGAAAAGCUUUUCUUACAGCUCAGUGCUCGUUGGCCACCAGAGAGUCCACACAGGGGAAAAACCUUAUGUCUGUGCUGAGUGUGGGAAAACCUUCCGUAACAAUUCACAUCUUAUUACACACCACAGAGUCCAUACGGGGGAGAAACCUUACGAGUGCCAUGAGUGUGGAAGAAGUUUCAGUGUGAGUUCAAACCUUAUUAAGCACAUGCGGAUCCACACGGAUGAGAAGCCAUUCACUUGCCUGGAAUGUGGGAAAAAUUUCCUGUUCAGUUCGGAUCUGGUCUCCCACCAGAGAGUCCACACGGGAGAGAAGCCCUACAUCUGUCUGGAAUGUGGGAAAGGCUUCUCCCAGAGCUCACAACUUAUGUCUCACCGGAGAGUCCACACUGGGGAGAAGCCCUAUGAAUGCAUCAUCUGCGAGAAGAGUUUCAGGUCAAACUAUGACCUGGUCAACCACCAGAGAAGCCACACUGGGGAGAAGCCGUAUAUCUGCUCCGACUGUGGGAAGAGCUUCACCCGGAGCUCACACCUGAUCUCCCACCAGAGAGUCCACACGGGGGAAAGGCCCUAUCCCUGCGGCAUCUGCGGGAAGCGUUUCCGUGACUGCUCGCACCUGAUUAGGCAUCAAAGGGUCCACACCGGCGAGAAACCCUAUGAAUGUUCCAUCUGUGGGAAAAGCUUCCGGGUAAACUAUGACUUAGUUACCCAUCAGAGGAACCACACAGGAGAAAAGCCAUAUGAAUGCCCCGAUUGUGGGAAGGGCUUCAAGCGGAGCUCACAUCUGAUCUGCCACCAGAGAGUGCACACGGGAGAAAAGCCCUACCCUUGUGGCAUAUGCGGGAAGAGUUUCAGUUACAGCUCAGACCUUAUUAAGCACCAGAGAAUCCACACGGGGGAGAAGCCUUAUGAAUGUCACAUCUGCGGCAAGAGCUUCCGUAUCAACGCUGACCUGGUCACCCACCAGAGAAUCCACACAGGGGAGAAGCCCUACACCUGCCCCGACUGUGGGAAACGCUUCUUAUGCCUCUCAAACCUCAUUCGGCACCACAGGGUCCACACCGGAGAGAAACCGUUCCCGUGCUUGGAAUGCGGAAGGCGGUUUGGUGAGAAAAGAAACCUCGAGAGGCACCAGCAAAUCCACACUGGAGAGAAACCCUUCGAGUGCCCCCAGUGCAAGCAACGAUUUCGUGAAAAGGCCAAGCUUCUUCGACACCAGAGGAUCCACACGGGUGAGAAACCUUACGAGUGUUUGGAGUGUGGGCAAAGGUUCAGACAUAGAGAGACCCUGAUCGUACACUGGAGACAGCACACUGGAGAGAAACCAUACGAAUGCCCUGAGUGCGGGGAAAAGUUUCCGAGGGGGUCAAGCCUCCUUCAGCAUAAGCGGACACAUUGCAAAAAACCUUACCAGUGCGCUGAAUGCUUGCAACAAUUUACAAAGAAGAUGGACUUGUACAAACAUCAGAGAUGCCACACAGGACCCAGCCGAUACGCUCUUACCAGCAUUGGUGCUAAACCGUCUUUAAAGACGAUGACCGACGCCAGCCACGUUGAAAGAAACGAAUCCACCCCCAAAGUCUCCAGGUUGAAGAUGCCAAGUGAGAACGAGGAGGAGAUUGCUCUUCAGGAGAGUUCCGACCAGGAGAUUCUGCAUGAAAUGUGUCCCAAAAGAGAUGACACAAAUGUUUCCCAAAGUCUGGAUCAGGAAGAAUGCCGUGAGAGUGGAGACAAGCCUGCAGUUCAGCAGACGUCCCAGCCAAGGAAAAGGAAGCGUAAAUCUGACCACCUUGAGGAAAACGCCAUAGAUCUCAGUAAAAAGUCAGUACAAAAGAAAGUUCCCAAACUGAGGAAAUCCUACAAGUGCCCUGAUUGUGGCAAAUGCUUCAAGCGGUGCUCACCCCUUAACAUACAUAGGAGAACCCACACUGGAGAGAAGCCCUAUGUGUGCCAUGUGUGUUCGAAAUGCUUCAGUGAUGGCUCUGCCCUUGUCCAGCAUCGGAGGAUCCAUGCAGGAGAGAAACCAUACAAAUGCCCAGAGUGUGGGAAAAGCUUCUCUCAGAGUUCAACUCUUGUUGUUCAUCAGAGAAUCCACACGGGAGAAAAGCCCUAUAAAUGUCCCGUCUGUGAAAAAGGCUUCAGCGCGAGCUCCAACCUUGUGACUCAUCAAAGGAGUCACACAGGUGAGAAACCUUACAAAUGCACGGUCUGUGAGAAAAGCUUUUUUGUCAGCUCACACCUUAUUAGGCAUCAGCAGAUUCACACAGCAGAGAAACCGCACAUUUGUUGGGAGUGUGGGGAGUGCUUCACUCAGAGCUCCCACUUGGUCCUUCAUAAGAGAAUUCAUACUGGUGAGAAACCUUAUUCGUGUGCAGUCUGUGGGAAAAGCUAUCGUGGGAUCUCAGACUUUAAUAUCCAUCAGAGAAUCCACAUGGGUGAGAAGCCAUAUGCCUGCCUGGAGUGCGGAAAAACCUUCCACCAAAGCUCAUGUUUUACCAAGCACCAGAGAAUCCACACUGGAGAGAAACCUUAUGAAUGCCAUGAAUGCGGGAAAAGUUUUACUCGGAAUGCUCAUCUCACAAGGCAUCAGAGAAUCCACACAGGGGAGAAGGGAUACGAGUGCGAAGACUGCGGGAAGGUGUUCAGUUGCAGCUCGCACUACAGCAAGCACCGGCGCACGCACACGGGGGAGCGCCCCUUCUGUUGUGGAGAGUGUGGCAAGAGCUUCAAUGUCAGCUCCAACCUGUACAGGCACCAGAGGGCCCAUGCCAAUGCUAACGCGGCGGCGGUCACUCCCCCGGCCUCCCUGAUGCCCUCCCGUGGCUUGCCUUACCAGUGUGCCGACUGUGGCCAGUGCUUCCGCCGCAACACGGAGCUGGUAACUCACCAGCGGCUUCACACCGGUCGCCUGCCUUUCCAGUGCAGCGACUGCGGCAAGAGCUUCUCGUGGAGUUCACACUUCGCCCGGCACCUGCGGAUCCACACUGGGGAGAAGCCCUACCCGUGCAACGAGUGCGGCAAGCGCUUCAGCCGCAGCUCCCAUCUUUACCGGCACCAGCGGACCCACCGUGGCCGCAAACCCUACAAAUGCACCCUGUGUGGCAAGGCCUUUGCUGAUGGUUUAGCCUUGGUGAAACACCAGCGUUUGCACUUAAUGGGUGGUGACCAACACCACCAGUGUUCAGAGUGUGGACAAAGCUUUGGAGGACGGUCACAGCUGGCUCGCCACCGUCGGCUCCAUGGUACCGCCGACAAGCCCUAUGGGUGUGGUGAGUGCGGGCAGAGCUUUGGUGCUCGAACCCAGUUGGCCCAGCACCGACGCCUGCACAUCUCGGCCGACAAGCCGUAUCACUGUGGAGAGUGCGGUCUGAGCUUCACCUGGAGCUCACAUUGGGAACGGCAUCGGCGCAUUCAUACUGGGGAAAGGCCAUAUUCUUGUGGGGACUGCGGCAAGCGCUUUGGGCGCACCUCUCACCUCUAUCGGCACCAGCGCACCCAUGCUGGCGGCCAGCCUCACGUCUGUCCGGACUGUGGCAAGAGCUUCAACAGCACCUUGCACUUCCAGCGCCACCAGCACGCCCACCACCUCGACUCAGACGGUGCUCAACUCUCUGCCCGCACUUGUGGUGACUGUGGGAAGCCCUGUGCUGAUGCAUCGGCCCUGCUUAGGCACCAGUGCAUGCAUGCAGACGACAGGCCGUAUCCCUGCCCCCAGUGUGGUCGCCGCUUCCGUGGCACCGCAUAUCUCUACAGGCACCUCCGUAACCACGCCCACCCGAUGGAAGAGACUAUGCUCAUACCAGCUUCUACAAAGUGUGAGGAUAUUGUACCGUGCUAA